AUAGUGGCUGUCAGUGUCAAUUUAUCUUCUGUCACUUUUUGUUGAUCGCGCACGCAUUUGGGAAAAAGGAAAAUAAAAAAUAUUUUCGCAAAAUAUUACGAGUGUCUCUACGCUGAUCAUGACUUUAAAAUUGUGCGAUGCAGUGAUAACAGUGCGUCAUUAAUAAGUGUACAAUACGUGUACACAAGUGUCCUAACAAUAAAAUGAUGUGAAACAAUUGGAUUCUAAUCGUCCUCGACUCGUUUCGUGCAUCAGCGAAUGCUUACCGAAGGGUAGAAAUGCUCGUUUCUGUGAAUUCAUAGUGAAAUUACUUAACCAACAACAUGUUUAGAAGCAGAAGCUGGUUCGGGGGCGGAUGGGGACGCCCUAAAAACCCCCAUUCGCUGGAGAGAUUGAAGUAUUUACAUAAUAUUCUGUGCAAGAAUACGACGGUGUCAGAGAGCAAUCGGGGCACUUUAGUGGAGUCCUUGAGGUGUAUCGCCGAGAUACUUAUAUGGGGUGAUCAGAAUGAUAGCUCUGUGUUUGACUUCUUCCUGGAGAAGAACAUGCUGUCGUAUUUCCUGAAGAUCAUGCGGCAGCGCUGUGGGGGCUCCUCAUUCGUGUGCGUGCAGCUGCUGCAGACACUCAACAUACUGUUCGAGAACAUACGGAACGAGACCAGCCUGUACUACCUGCUGAGCAACAACCACGUGAACUCGAUCAUCGUGCACAAGUUCGACUUCUCCGACGAGGAGGUGAUGGCGUACUACGUGUCGUUCCUCAAGACGCUCAGCCUCAAGCUCAACAACCACACCAUACACUUCUUCUACAACGAGCACACCAAGGACUUCCCUCUCUACACGGAGGCCAUAAAGUUCUUCAACCACCCCGAGUCUAUGGUCCGUAUUGCAGUAAGGACGCUCACGCUAAACGUCUACCGGGUACAAGAUGCCAGUAUGCUGCGGUUUAUUAGAGAUAGAACGGCCGCCCCGUACUUCAGCAACCUGGUGUGGUUCAUCGGCAAGCACAUCCUGGAGCUCGACGCUUGUGUCAGAAACGACAUGGACCACCAAUCGCAACAGAAAUUGGACGACAUAGUGGCAGAACACUUGGACCAUCUCCACUACAUCAAUGACAUUCUGUGCUUGAACAUUCCCGACCUAAACGAUGUAUUGACCGAACAUUUACUUCACAAACUAUUCGUCCCACUGUACAUUUACUCGCUAACUGCCGAAUCAAGGCGGUCCAACUACAACCGGGAUCAGAUACAAAGCAUAGAGUCUAUUACUAGGAACUUAGAGGCUAUUUUAAAAGGCAAAAGCGAAUCGCCCGGCCGGAUGAACUAUCCAAGGCAACGUAUGGAGUCAGAGGACGAAGCUAAACCUUCAGUUUCCUGUGUUGUUUCGCUAUUCCUACUAUCACAAGUUUUCUUAAUUAUAACCCACGGCCCUAUAGUCCAUUCACUAGCGUGGAUUAUACUGCAGUCGGAUUUAACAGUAUUCGAGGAUGGUGCUACAAAAAUCCUAGAAAUGUACAUAAGCAACGCUAAACCGAAUAACGUUAAGCUGGAGUUUUCGAAGCCGCAGUUGAGCUUAGAGAAGGCUUUAGAAAGCACAUCGGGUCACGAGCGAGACUAUACGACUCCAGAAUACACAGGUCCAAAGACGUUUUUUGACCCGGACAAAGACACGGAUCAGUCCAGCUGUGAUCUAGACCCCGAGUUGGUUUCCACUUCCCUUCCGUCCACGUCGCACAUAAGUGAGACUUCGAGCGUCGCUCACGACUCGACAGAGGAUCUAGCCACAAGAGUACAUUCCAUUAAAUCGGCUACUGCAAUAGCGCCGAAACCAAACAUGCCUGAUUCUCCAUUACCCGAUUCUGGAAUCGAAUCCAGCUCGUCCAAAACUGAAUCGGAGUUGAAUAAUAUAACUGAUGAGGAGAAACAAAAGUUGAGAGGAGCGACAGUGGCGCCCUCACCAGCAGUGUAUACAUUGGAGAGUAUAUUGGAAAGGCAAAACAGAGAGAUAGAGAAGCGGCCAUUUUUGAAAACUAUUUUUGACUCGCUGGAUUGCAGCGAAAAUGACUACAAAGCGCUUUUCGCGCUAUGUUUGCUGUUUGCGCUCAUAAAUAACAAAGGAGUGAACACAGAACUGCUAGACACGUUACUCUGCCCGGAGUUAGAAGAUAAAUCAAAGAGAAAAUCCAUUUCGGAAGCGGCGCCAUCUAGUGAGGGCGAGGCGGAACCAGUGACUCCCACACCUAGCGCCAAGCCGUGGCCGAGCUUCAACGCACUACUGGUUGCCAAGUUGAUGUCUAUAGCUAAUUCUAGCUGUAAACCUUCAUCAAAAGUCCGUCUAGUAACGCUAGAGCUAAGCGUCACCCUUCUACGCAUAGCGUGCGGCGGCGCGGCCGGGCCCAGCGCGCGGUACCUCGCACAGACUGAGACAUUGAGGCAACGGGCCGCCGCUUUAGCGAGAAACUUUUAUAAGUGUGACGACAUCUUCUUAGACAUGUUUGAGGACGAAUACUGCGAGAUGUGCAAGCGGCCGCUGAACGUGGAGUGGCUGUGCAUGGACGCCGCCAUCUUGCUGCCGCCCACCAGCACGCCCAUGUCCGGCAUCGCCUUCAACAAGCGCCUGCCCAGCGGCGAGAUCGAACGAGCCCGACGCGCGAUCCGCACAUUCUUCCUCAUCCGAGACCUGUACCUGAAGUUGACCGGGAGACCCGAGACACAACUCCCACUCGCCAACCCCGCGCCCUUCGUGCAAGUGGGCGACGUGCUGGAUCUCAACGACUCGGACCUAAUAUCCUGCGACAUAAUCCACCUGGACGGCUUGUGGCAGCACCGCUUCCUGGCCGUGGACGCCGUGCAGGUCAUCCUCGUGGAGCCGGACCGCCUGCGCCUGGGCUGGGGGCAGGCCAAGCUGGUGGCCUCGCUACAGGACCUGGAGAUCCAAGGCGACAAGGACGACCCGCGCUGCCUGCAGCUCGGGCUGCACCUGCCGCGCGGGGGCGCCGCGGCCGCGCAGCCACGGACACUGCUGUUGAAGGCCAAGUUCAAGUUCGACGACCACAUACGCAGCAUGGCGGCCAAGCAGAGACUCACUAAGGGCCGCACGAAAGCCCGUCAGAAGAAGAUGCAACAAAUCGGCCGUCUGCUAGAAGUCUCUGGAGUCCCGGGGGUGUUGACCUCCGCCCCGCCGCGACGUAGACCGCUGUUCCCCAGGAGGCCUAACGAACAUCGACCUGCCUCUGGCUCGGAGGGCGCGCGGCGCGCGGGCGGGCACGAGCUGCGGGACGGCGUGCUCGUGUACCGCGAGCGGACCAACAGCCGGGAGAGCAGCGUAUCCCGCAGCAGCAGCACAACGGGCUCCCGGGACGGCUCCCCGCGCCCGCGCGCCGAGGACAUCCCGUUGGAGGACAUCAAGCGAGCCGCCCCAGCACCACUGGCUCAACCCAGUACAUCCGCCGCCCCACCCCGCGCGACUCACAGCUCGUCUGAAGAGACCUCGUUCAUCUCCGCCGACCCGCCGCGGGUGAAACGCAAGGGACUCGUCGAGACUAUUUGAUAUUAACUUGGUAUCAUACGGCUUGAAAAUGGCAGGGCACUUUAAAUUUGUAUCUGUUGAAGGCAAGCGUCCAUCUUUCGGUUUCGUACGCAAUGAUCGCAU